CAUUCUAAACACUGUUAACGAUCGAUCCAUUGCUUCCUUGGUCCCACUUACAGUUCGUGCUGGAUCGUCUGUGUUUUAAAGUUCGUGGAUUUUACAUUUAUCGAUUAUAAUCUCUCGAAUGGAAGGACGAGAGACAACGGUCGGUAACGAUGAGAUGAACGCGGGGAAGAGCGUCGUUUCGGAGGGAUUCCGGGGGCGCGUGUUAAUUCUGACUUGUUUGACUGGGUUUUAAGUGUUUUCCUUAUUAUUACAAGGAUUGUUUUCUGGUUGAGUUAAGCAAUUGGCCGAAGAAGUAACCGAUUGGCACAAUGGGUGAACCGGUGCGGGAGCCGUCAAUUGUGUCCGUAGAACCGCGCAUGCGGAGGCCUUCGUCAAUUGCGGAAGCAUCUCUGCGAGGGCGAAGAGUAUCUGUUGUUGCAGCUGAAAAAGCCUCUCUCAGUAGAAGGCAGUCUCAUGCUGCAUUUCUUUCUAUGGCACCGGGAUUUACAGAAUAUGUGGUCGAGCACGUUGUUUUGUUUAAGGUUAAAGAUGACGCGGAUCCAGCAGAGAAGAAAGCGAUGUUAGAUGCUUUGCAUGAGCUUCGCAGCCUGAAUGGAGUGCUGGAGCUCACUGUCGGUUCAGCACUCUCGGUCCAGGGAGGCAAGUAUACGCAUGUUUUGCAUGGGCGUUACAAAGACAAAGCAGCUUUAAAAGUUUACCUAGUACAUCCUGAUCAUGUCAAUAUUCAACAGAAGUAUAUUCAACCUUUGACUGAGGAUAUUAUUGCGUUGGAUUGGGAGUGCAUCCCUUGUGGUCCAUACAUUAAAAGCGUUGGGGCCAAGCGCAUCACUUUUGUGAAAAUCAAACCAGAGACUACAGCAGAUGACAUGAGGUUCUUGGUUGAGUCGAUAUCACAACUACCCUCUAAGUGUCCCACGGUCGGCCAGGCAAGUGCAGGCAGCAAUUUCUCACCGGAGAGAGCCAAGGGUUUCACUUAUGGGAUUAUGGAGUUUUUCCCCAGCACACAGGAGGAGGAGGAAGUAUAUUCCAGUUGUGAGCACAUGGCAUGGCAGGACACAAAACUUAAGCCCGUUGCAGCAAUUCUAAUCCAUGCAGAUCUUCAUGUUGGGGAAUAGAGUUCAGAUUCAGAUCCUAGUCCUCAACCAGCAGUUUAAGCAUUAACAAGGCGUUGGAGUGAUUCAUAACGUUUGAGCUAACGUCUGAUCUGAUCAAUGCAUUUACAACAAUCCGUAAGAUUAUGAUUGAGCAUUCCAGGGUAAGAAACAGCAGAAGGUUAAAGAAGAGGAUACUGAAGUAUGCUGACUUGUACAUUAGUCCACACCCUCUGGCCUGCUUCUCCAAUAUGUGUGGUCACACGUGUUAACAACUGCGGCAUCGCCUUGUCAUGUCUCAAGUGUCAAGUUGAAGAAACUUCUGGAUACGUAGGCUCACCGAAGAUUGUGCAUUUUACACCCAGA